AUGGCCCGCAUCAAGGGCGAAAUAACUGCGCAGGAAGCGCGAGGUCUUGAAGCUAUUACGGCGGAGAAAGGCCACGGAACAACGAUUGCUAGAGAGGAGGAACAGGGCACUUUGCAAGCAAAGAAACCAUCACAGGCUGGCCUCGCGAACUACUUCCGAGUCCUUUCUUAUGGAACUAAGCUCGAUUACUUUAUGGUGCUACUCUGUAUUCUCACCUCCAUCGGUUCCGGUGCUACGAUGCCUUUGAUGAUAAUCGUGUUUGGCGGACUGGUCAGCGACUUCACGAAUUACUUCAUGCCAGAAACCACAGUUACCAGAUCAGAAUUUCAAUCAGUACUUAAUAGGCAAGCAUUAUACAUCGUAUACCUUUUCAUUGGGAAGUUUUUUUUGUCUUACGUGUCCAUGUUCACGAUACGAAUCACAGGUCUACGUAUCUCUGCUGCAUUAAGGUUGGCGUAUCUACGUGCUACGUUUGCUCAGCCAGUCAGCGUUAUCGACACUAUUUCUCCUGGCAAAAUAUCGACUCGCAUCACUACAUCUUCCAACACCAUUCAGGUCGCCAUCUCGCAGCACCUCGCCACGCUCUGGCAAGCACUUGCUUUCACGAUCGGGUUCUACAUCGUGUCCUUCAUCAAGAGCUGGCUGCUGACCUUAGUGGCCUCUGCGUCUCUCCCUUUCAUCCUGAUUGUCUAUAGCAGCCUUAUUCCCCCGUUCAUGCGGAUACACAAGAUUACCGAAAAGCACCAUGAUGAUGCAUCGGGAAUGGCUUUCGAGAUGUUCUCCUCUAUUCGUAUCAUCGUUGCCUUUGGCGCUGGGGCCAAACUGGGACGACAGCAUGAAGAGUUUCUUAGCAAGGCUGCACAUAAUGAGAAGAGGGCAACUCCUCUAUUGGCAUUGAUGACGUCGCCCCCCGCAGUAGCACAGUACGGUACGUUUGGACUUGCCUUCUGGUUUGGCAUUCGUCAAUAUUCUAGAGGACACAUCGACGAUAUCGGCCAGAUCAUUGUCGUCCUCUUUUCGGUCAUGAUGGCAAUGAUGAAUAUAGGUCGACUUUCAUCGCCCAUCAUUGGUAUUGCGAAAGCUGCAAGCGCCUCAACAGAGCUGUUUGCCACCAUCGAUGCGCACGUUCCAGACACUUCUGGCCUAAGGGACCCUGACAUUACUGCAAAUGCUAACAUCGCGUUUGAAAACGUUGCAUUCUCAUACCCUAGCAGACCGGGGGUUCAAAUCCUCCAUGGCCUCGAUUUAGAACUUACUGCUGGCAAGGUUACGGCCAUUGUUGGGCCGUCUGGGUCCGGCAAGAGCACUAUUGUAGCCCUAGUCCAGCGUUGGUAUGACCUGCUGGGAACGACCGCAAAUAUAACGACAAUCGAUGACACAAAGGACGAAACUCCGGCAGACGUAACAACUAGAAAUAAACAGCAACCCCAGGAGAUAGAGAGUCGGAUCGUCAAGAGAUCAAGAAAAACCGAGAAGGUUACAAAAGCUGCAGAUGACGAACAAAAAAAGGAUGAAGGGCUCGAGCGUGGACCUCAUACUUGUACUGGAACCAUCAGGAUUGGGAAUGCGGACCUGAAUAAUGUGGACCUGAAGUGGUGGCGCUCACAGGUCGGACUUGUACAACAAGAGCCAUUUCUUUUCAACGACACGCUCUUCAACAACGUGGCAUUCGGUCUUUGUGGGACACAAUACCACCACUUACCGAAAGAUGAAAAAAUGGACAUGGUGAAGCAAGCGUGUCGGGAGGCGUAUGCCGAAGAGUUCAUUUCGCAGCUACCAGAAGGCUAUGAUACAUUUGUCGGCGAAAGCGGCCUAAAGCUAUCCGGAGGGCAACGGCAGAGGAUCGCUAUAGCCAGAAGCAUCGUUAAGGACCCUCCAAUCCUCGUCUUAGACGAAGCCACCAGCGCCAUCGACGUCCGUACCGAGCGCAUCGUUCAGCAAGCACUUGACAGAGUCUCAAAGCAUCGUACUACUAUCGUCAUUGCGCAUCGUUUAUCUACUAUCAAGCGAGCUGACAAAAUUGUCGUGUUACGUCAAGGUCGACUAGUCGAACAAGGCACUCACGAGCAGCUAUUGAAAAUUGAGGCUGGAGUAUAUCGUGGCCUCGUGACCGCGCAACAACUAACGACAGAAGCUGAUGAGGAAGUAGCUGAUGAUUUGAAUCUUACGAACAUCAGAUCCGUCGUGUCUGUCAGUUCGGAGACACAACAUCGUGACAAUGGAACGGAAGUAGAAGACGUGGAGUACAAGACGAAGGGUCUACUACGCAGCUUUGGUCGCCUCAUCUACGAGCAACGGCAUCACUGGUUUCUCUACUCCAUCGCCGUGUUGGGCGUCCUAGGAGCUGGUGCUGUGUACCCCCUCCAAGCUUACGUCUUUGCCAACGUUAUCCAAGUCUUCACCUACACAGGCGACAAGCUCAUCUCGAAAGGCAACUUCUGGGCUGGGAUGUACGGCGUCUUGGCCGCAGGUGGCGGGCUUUCCCAAUUUGGUCUCAGCUUUGCUACAAAUCUUAUUUCUAUUUCAGUGGCCCAGCACUACCGCCAGGAGUACCUCGUCAACAUGAUCCGCAAACGCAUUUCUUUCUUUGAUUCUCAAGGACACAGUUCAGGAUCGCUGACUUCGACUCUGAGCAGUGACACUACACAGCUUCAGCAACUCAUGUCUACGGAGAUGUCUAUAGCCCUCAUCGCCGCCGUGAACCUCGUCGGCUCACUCACCAUCGCAUUCGUGUACGGCUGGAAACUGUCGCUGGUUGGUCUCUUUGCAGCACUACCACCGAUCCUUGCUGCUGGCUACUUGCGUAUGCAUCUAGAAAUGCAAUUUGAAAGCAUGAAUGCCAAGAUAUUUGCGAACAGCAGUCAAUUCGCCACAGAAGCUGUCGGUGCCUUCCGUACGGUGCUCAGUCUCGUCAUGGAAGACAUGAUUGGCGACCGAUAUAAGACUCUGUUAGCAGGCCAUGUUGUACAAGCGUCUACUAGUGCGACGUGGGGCACUCUCGUCUUUGCUGCGAGCGAUAGCGUGGAGCUCGCAUGCAUGGCGCUCGCAUUUUGGUAUGGUGGCACCUUGCUCGCUUCGCGCGAGUAUGACCUAAUCAGCUUCUUCGUUGUUUACAUGGCAGUUGUGCAGGGAGCGGUAGCGGCCGGGAUGUGGUUCUCUUUCGCGCCAAACAUGGCACAAGCAACAGCCGCAGCGAACAGGCUUCUAAGAAUGCGACCGCCGAGUACAUCUCUUCUACCAUCUUACACAGCAUUACGUGAUCCACCCGGUGGCGCUGGGAUUGAGUUUAGAGAUGUGUGCUUCACAUACAAGUCCCGUGAGAUACCUGUCUUGCAAAAUCUCAACUUUAAAGUCCUACCAGGCCAAUUUGCGGCGCUAGUAGGAGCUUCCGGUUGUGGGAAGUCUACAACAAUAUCUCUCCUUGAGCGCUUCUAUGACAUGAGCUCUGGGCAGAUCUUCUACAAUGAUCAAGACAUUGCGUCUCUCGAUCCAUCAGAGUACCGCAAACAAGUCUCCCUCGUGAGCCAAGAACCUACUCUCUAUAGUGGGACAAUCAAAGAUAAUGUUGCGCUUUCAGUAGACGUUGCGACUGAAGAGGAGAUUGUGGAAGCGUGCAGGAGUGCACAAAUCCACAACUUCAUCACAAGUUUACCUGAGGGGUAUAACACCAGACUAGGGCCAAAAGGCAUGAGUUUAUCCGGUGGACAAAAACAGCGCCUUAGCCUAGCAAGGGCACUGCUGAGAAAACCGAAGCUUCUGCUCUUGGAUGAAGCUACUUCAUCCCUCGACGGCGAGUCGGAAAAGCUCGUCCAGGCAGCUAUUGAGCGUGCAGCCGGUGACGGCGCAAGGACGACUCUGGUAGUCGCACAUCGGCUUGCUACGAUCCAGAGAGCAGAUGUCAUUUUCGUUCUUGGGUCGGGGAAAGUGUUGGAGAAGGGUGAUCAUCAGACACUAUUGAGGAGAAGAGGACUUUACUGGCAGAUGUGUCAAGCUCAAGCCUUGGAUCGUUGA